UUCGAGUGUGCAGGCGCACGCCACCUUCCGGAUGUCGCGAUAGACCUGAUUGAUAGCGACAUCGGACGAAACCGUCCGAGGCAGUAAUCCUCAGACUUGAGGUCUGGUUGUGUGACGAGCUCCUACCGGGGCGCCCUCGGGAACGAUCGAUAACACCAGCUCCAAUGCUAUGCAGCUGAUGCUAUAUAUGCAGGGGGACACACGAGUCUCCAAGAGGCAACUGACGUCGAGAAAAGCCGUUUCAGAGCAAGCCUCGUGAUUGUUUCAACCGACUACGAGCAAUCUUACCAUGGCAGCGCUCAGCAACGAUGCGAAAGGCGACCUACCUGUCGCCAUUCAACCUUAUACUACCCCAUUCGAGGACACCUUGAUGGAGGAGAAGAAGGAUUUCACCAAGGAGGAGAUCGUUCCGGUAUCUCCGAAUGAACUCGGUUAUCUCGACGAUACUCCUGGAGGUUUACUCUCGCGCACGACGCCCCAAGACCUUGAAGAGGCGGAAGAAUAUGCUAAGACAUUGACCUUGGAGGAAGUCAGGACGAUCUUGACGGAUGCUCUCAAGGUACACGAACACGAUCCUGGGUUCCCACUCCUGGUCAUUCGACAAGCGCAAAAGUUCCUCUACGACGAAGAAGCGCAGGAGGAUGCGGAAGCCUACGAGACCUUGACGCGCUUGAUGUUCAUCGAAGCUGCCUUGAUCGUCAACCAUAGCCCCUAUGCGGAGGUCAGAGCUGUCGUCCCGAACAAGGAUGACCCGGCGAUGCCUUCGUCGACCAUCAGGGCUUGGACUAUUUCUAUGCUCUUCGUGGCCGCCGGAGCCGUCAUCAACCAGCUCUUCUCGGUUCGACAACCCUCGAUUACGGUCGCAAGUAACGUGGCUCAGCUUCUGUCCUUUCCAUUGGGGAAAUUGUGGGAAAGAUGGGUUCCUGACUGGCGCUUCAGGUUCUUUGGCACGGAAAUGUCGCUCAACCCUGGUCCAUUCAACCGGAAGGAACACAUGUUAAUCACCAUUGGGGCGAAUGUAGGGUUCUCUACCCCUUAUACCGACAACAUCAUAUGGUCUCAGGCCCUCCCUCAAUACUACAACCAAGCGUAUGCCAAGCAAUUCUCCUAUCAGAUCCUAGUAGGUCUCGGAACAAACUUCGUGGGCUACGGGAUGGCUGGAUUGACUAGGAGGUUCUUGGUCUACCCGUCCUAUGCCGUCUGGCCGACCUCGCUCGUCACCAUUGCGCUGAACGAGGCGUUGCACUCGGGAACCGAGAACACGACGACUAGAGGUCCUUUCAACACCUUGUUCAAAGCCUCUCGAAUGAGAGCAUUCGUGCUCUUCUUUUCGGGCAUGUUCGUUUACUUCUUCCUGCCCAACUACAUGUUUACUGCCCUGUCCGCUUUCAACUUUAUGUCCUGGAUCGCCCCGACGAAUUCCGUUUACAACAAUAUUACAGGAUUUUCUAACGGACUAGGUCUGUCCCCCUGGCCUACUUUCGACUGGAACAUCGUGACGUUUAUGGGCGAUCCUUUGGUCUUGCCGGCAUUCAACAUCAUCAACUCUUGCGUGGGGAUGCUAUGCACCAUGUUCAUGAUCCUCGCCAUUUAUUACAGCAACGCAUAUCAUACCAGCUAUCUUCCAAUCAACAGCAAUCGCACCUUUGACCGUUACGGAGGGCUAUACAACGUCUCCAGGGCUAUCGACUCGCAGGGUCACUUUGCCAAGCAGGAAUACAUGGACUAUUCUCAAGCGUACAUGGCGGCCGGAAACGUCACGGUCUACUUUUGGUUCUUUGCAAUCUACUCUGCCGUGGUUUCGUACGCCUUCCUCUACCACCGGCACGAGAUUGCCAUGGGCUUCAGCAAUGUGUUCAGGAGGAAGAAGGCUCUCGGCUACAAAGACGUUCACAACAAGUUGAUGCAAGCCUAUCCCGAGGUCUCUGAAUGGGUAUACUUGGGGGUCCUCUGUGUGGCGGCAGGUUGUGGUAUCGCCGGCAUCGCCGCUUGGGAAACGUACACUACCCCAGCGGUCGUCAUCUACGGAAUCAUCCUAUGCGCGGUCGCUGUGGUUCCUGUUGGUAUCAUCGCGUCGAUUACUGGACUCGAAGUGACUCUCAACGUCAUUGCGGAAUUUAUUGGAGGAGCUUGGGUCGCCGGGAAUGCCCUCGCGAUGAAUUACUUCAAGUCGUUUGGAUACGUGACGUGCGCCCAUGCAUUAGCUUUCUCCAAGGAUCUCAAGUUGGCGCACUACGUGAAGAUCAACCCAAGGCACACGUUCUGCAUGCAAAUUGCAGCCACACUCGUUUCGACCUUUGUCUGCACCGCCAUCCUGAACUUCCAGAUCGGUCUCAAGGAUGUUUGCACCCCGGAUGCGCCAUUUCGGUUCACUUGCCCUGGAAUCAACACUUUCUUCACGGCGGCCGUUUUCUGGGGAACCCUUGGCCCCCACAAGAUGUUCGGACCCGGCGGACAAUACACUGAGCUGCUCAUUGGCUUCCCUGUCGGCUUCGUCAUUCCCAUCAUCUUUUAUUUCGCCAUGAAACGGUUCCCAAGACAGAGUUGGCUCCGCCAGGUCCACCCUAUUCCGCUCAUCGCCGGAGGUAUCGCAUGGGCCCCAUACAACCUGGCUUAUACCCUACCCGCGCUACCUUGGUCGAUCCUGUCGAUGGUAUACCUCAAGAAACGAUACCUCCCUCUUUGGUCCAAGUACAACUACACCAUCUCGGCCGCCCUCUCCUCGGCUAUCGCCUUGUCGGGUGUCUUAAUCUUCUUCGCGCUGCAGUUCCCCGGCGCCGAGUUCCCGGAAUGGUGGGGCAAUGCCGCUGAUACCGGAUGCGAGGCAAAGGCUUGCAGGAGGUUUACGGUCGACCCGAAGUUGGGAUUCGGACCUGCUCCUGGCGAGUUCCCCGGUUGAGCGUUCGAGCGGGCCGAGUGGAGGUAUAAGAUCACGUUUUGCUGGAAGAUCGUGGACAGACCAGAAAUUAGAUUCGGAAAGAUUAUUGUAUAUCGGUGCAAUGCGCUAU